UGCUUUCUGCUGCCCCUGCUGGCCUCUCGCCCGGCUCUCCACUUUGCGCUUCCCAACCCAAGUACAUACACGGACUGGCGCUCGGCCGAAGUCAGGCGCGCAGCCCGCAGCCCGCACCCCGCAGCCCGCACCCCGCACCCCGCAGCCCGCCCAGGAGCCCGGGGCGCGGCGGGACGAGCGGCGGCCGCGAUCCCGGAGCAGGUCUCUAUGUUGAUCAUUAUAGGAGACUGAAGGUCUGAGUAAGAGAAUUGAGUGACAUCUUUGGAUUAUAUUGAAACUCAACAGAGAUGGCCAAGUACGGAGAACAGGAGGCCAGGGCUGAUGAUGGACAGAGUGAAUUCAGUGACAUCAUCAAGUCCAGAUCUGAUGAGCACAAUGAUGUACAGAAGAAGACAUUUACCAAGUGGAUAAAUGCCCGAUUUUCAAAGAGUGGAAAACCACCCAUCAGUGAUAUGUUCACAGAGCUUAAAGAUGGGAGAAAGCUACUGGAUCUGCUGGAAGGCCUGACAGGAACUUCCCUGCCAAAGGAGCGUGGUUCUACGAGGGUACAUGCUUUAAAUAAUGUCAACAGGGUGCUUCAGGUCUUACACCAGAACAGUGUGGAUCUAGUGAAUAUAGGAGGAACUGACAUUGUGGACGGGAACCACAAGCUGACCCUGGGAUUACUCUGGAGCAUCAUUUUACACUGGCAGGUUAAAGAUGUCAUGAAGGAUAUCAUGUCAGACCUGCAGCAGACAAACAGUGAGAAGAUUCUGCUGAGCUGGGUGCGACAGUCUACCAGGCCCUACAGCCAGGUCAAUGUGCUCAACUUCACCACCAGCUGGACGGACGGACUCGCCUUUAACGCCUUGCUGCACAGACAUAAACCUGAUCUAUUCAGCUGGGAGAGCGUUGUCAGAAUGUUUCCAACUGAGAGACUUGAACAUGCAUUCAGCAAGGCUCAGACUUAUUUGGGAAUUGAAAAGCUGUUAGAUCCUGAAGAUGUUGCUGUUCAGCUCCCUGACAAGAAGUCCAUAAUUAUGUAUUUAACAUCUCUGUUUGAGGUGCUGCCUCAGCAGGUCACCAUAGAUGCCAUUCGUGAGGUCGAGACACUCCCAAGGAAAUAUAAAAAAGAAUGUGAAGAAGGGGAAGUGAACAUACAGAGCUCAGCACCGGAAGGGCCCGAGAGCUCCCGAGCCCAGACCCCCAGCACUGUCACCGGGGCCGACAUGGAUCUGGACGGCUACCAGUUGGCCCUGGAGGAAGUGCUGACCUGGCUGCUUUCUGCUGAGGACACUUUCCAGGAGCAAGAUGACAUUUCUGAGGAUGUCGAAGAAGUCAAAGACCAGUUUGCCACCCAUGAGGCUUUUAUGAUGGAGCUGACCGCUCACCAGAGCAGCGUGGGGAGCGUCCUCCAGGCGGGAAACCAGUUGAUAACGCAAGGAACCCUGACAGAUGAGGAGGAAUUCGAGAUUCAGGAACAAAUGACGCUGCUGAAUGCCAGAUGGGAGGCGCUUAGGGUGGAGAGCAUGGACCGCCAGUCCCGGUUGCACGACGUGCUCAUGGCGCUGCAGCGGCGGCAGCUGGAGGAGCUCUCAGCCUGGCUCACACUCACGGAGGGGCGCAUUCAGGACAUGGAGAACCGCGCCCUCGAUGAGGGCCAGAAAUCGCUGCAGAAACUGCUCGAGGAUCAUAAAAGUUUACAAAAUGAUCUGGAGGCUGAACAGGUGAAAGUGAAUUCCUUAACUCACAUGGUGGUGAUUGUUGAUGAAAACAGCGGUGAGAGUGCCGCGGCUCUCCUGGAGGACCAGCUCCAGAAACUUGGUGAACGUUGGACAGCAGUGUGCCGCUGGACUGAGGAACGCUGGAACAGGUUACAAGAAAUCAAUUUAUUAUGGCAGGAAUUAUUGGAGGAACAGUGCUUGUUGAAAGCUUGGCUAACUGAAAAAGAAGAGGCUUUAAAUAAAAUCCAAACAAGCAACUUUAAAGACCAGAAAGAACUAAGUGUCAGCAUUCGACGACUGGCUAUUUUGAAAGAAGACAUGGAAAUGAAGCGUCAAGCGUUGGAUCAGCUGAGUGAGAUUGGCCAGGAUUUGAGUCAACUGCUCAAUAAUCCCAAAGCCUCCAGGAAGAUCAGCAGCCACUCUGAGGAACUGACUCAGAGAUGGGAUUCUCUGGUUCAGAGACUCGAGGAUUCCUCCAACCAGGUAACACAGGCUGUAGCAAAACUCGGAAUGUCCCAAAUUCCUCAAAAGGAACUUUUGGAGACUGUUCGAAUAAGAGAACAAGUAACUACAAAAAGAUCGAAACAAGAGCUGCUUCCUCCUCCUCUGCCAAAGAAGAGACAGAAUCCUGUGGAUACGGAGACAAAGAAAAAGUUUGAUGCUGUGAGUGCAGAAUUAUUGAACUGGAUUUUGAAAUCAAAGAUGGCCAUUCAGACCACAGAGAUAAAAGAAUAUAAGAAGAUGCAAGAAACUUCGGAAGUGAAAAAGAAGUUGAAGGUAUUAGAGAAAGAACAUUCGGAAAAAAGCCCCAGACUAGCUGCAUUAAACCAGACUGGACAGAUUCUCCUGGAUCAAAUGGCAAAAGAAGGUCUUCCUACUGAAGAGAUCAACAACAUUCUGGAGAAGGUAUCAUUUGAAUGGAAGGAUGUAUCCCAGAAUUUGGGAGACCUAGCAAGAAAAAUUCAACUACAGGAGGAUAUCAAUGUUUACUUUGAACAGCUCAAUGAGUUGGAACAGAUCAUAAAGAAAAAAGAGGAGUGGGUGAAAAGUGUUCCCUUUGCAGAAUGUCCUCCACAGUCCUUGCCUGGUCUGCAGGACUCCUGUCAGAGGGAACUGACAGAUCUCCUUGGCCUUGGCCCCAAGAUGGAAAUGGUGCGUUGCAGCUGCUCGGUCCUGAGAUCUCAGCUGUCUGGCCCUGACUUCGUUCAGCGGGAUUUUGAUAUCUUUCUGGCUCACUUUCACUCUGUGCAGCGGGAUUUAGAAAACUGCCGGCAGCAGCUGGAUGACGAACUGAAGAGCCAGCGUGGACAUGCAUAUUUGGGAGCAUUGAAGAACCUGAAAGAGGUUCUGAGUGAUGCAGAGGACAAGGCCCAGAUAUCUCUGAAUAUGUUAAAUGAUUUCACAGAAGUUGAGAAGGCCCUGCAGGAAGCAAAGGCCCUUGAUGAAAUCCUUGAAAAUCAAAAACCUACGUUAUUUAAACUUGCAGAGGACACGAGGGCUAUGGAAAAGAAUGUCGCUCCAGAUGUAGGACAGAUGUGCAAGCAAGACUUUGAUGAUGUUCAGGGAAAGUGGAACAGACAAAAGAUGAAGAUUUCCAAAGAUCUGCAGUUUCUGGAAGAAAUUACACCCAAACUGAGAACUUUUGAGUCUGAUUCGAAAGUCAUUGAGAAGUGGACAGAUGGCGCGAAAGACUUCUUAAUGAAAGAGCAGGCUGCCCAUGGAGAUGGUGAGGCCCUGCAAAGACAGCUUGACCAAUGCACUGCAUUUGUCAACGAAAUAGAAACAGUUGAAUCAUCUCUGAAAGACAUGAAAGAAAUAGAGAUGAACCUUCGAAGCUGUCCCAUUGUCGGAAUCAAAACUUGGAUGCAAACAAAGCUCGCUGACAGCCGAACCCAACUGGAGAGAUUGACCAAAGAGAUUACUAUUCAGAAAAGCCGGUUGUGUGAAAGUCAGGAAAAAGCAGUGAACUUACAGAAAGACUUGGCAGAGAUGCAGGAAUGGAUGGCCCAGGCUGAAGAAGAGUACCUGGAGAGGGACUUUGAGUACAAGUCACCGGAAGAACUAGAGAAUGCCGUGAGGGAAAUGAAGAGGGCGAAAGAGGACGUGUUGCAGAAGGAGGUGAGAGUGAAGAUCCUAAAGGACAACAUCAAGCUGUUGGCGACAAAGGUGCCCUCUGGUGGCCAGGAGUUGACAGCGGAGCUAAAGAUUGUGCUGGAGAAUUACCAACUUCUCUGUAAUAGAAUUCGAGGGAAGCACCACACGCUGGAGGAGGUAUGGUCUUGUUGGAUUGAACUGCUCCACUAUUUGGAUCUCGAGACCACCUGGUUAAACACUUUGGAGGGGCGGAUGAAGAGCACAGAAAGCCUCCCAGAGAAGAUAGAGGCCGUCAAUGAAGCCCUGGAGUCUCUAGAAUCUGUUCUGCGACAUCCAGCAGACAAUCGAACCCAGAUUCGAGAACUUGGACAGACUCUGAUUGAUGGAGGGAUCCUUGAUGAUAUCAUCAGCGAAAAGCUGGAGGCUUUCAACAGUCGUUAUGAGGAAUUAAGUCGUCUAGCAGAGAGCAAGCAAAUUUCUUUGGAAAGGCAACUCCAAACCUUGCGGGAAACGGACCACAUACUCCAAGUUUUGCAGGAAAGCUUGGCGGAACUGGACAAACAGCUCACCACUUACCUGACGGACAGGAUAGAUGCAUUCCAGGCGCCACAGGAAGCGCAGAAAAUCCAGGCGGAGAUUUCAGCCCAUGAGCUCACUCUGGAAGAGUUGAGGAGAAACGUGCGUCCGCAGCCCCCCACCUCCCCGGACGGCAGGGCUUCCCGAGGAGGGACUCAGACGGACGUGUUGCAGAGGAAACUCCGAGAGGUAUCCACCAAAUUCCAGCUUUUCCAGAAACCUGCGAACUUUGAACAACGCAUGCUAGAUUGUAAGCGUGUGCUGGACGGAGUGAAAGCAGAGCUUCACGUUCUGGAUGUAAAGGACGUGGACCCGGAUGUCAUUCAGACUCACCUAGACAAGUGCAUGAAACUCUACAAAACUUUGAGUGAAGUUAAACUUGAAGUGGAGACUGUCAUCAAAACAGGAAGGCACAUUGUUCAGAAGCAGCAAACAGACAACCCCAAAGCCAUGGACCAGCAGCUGACCUCCCUGAAAGUUCUCUACAAUGACCUGGGAGCCCAGGUGACAGAAGGAAAGCAGGAUCUGGAGAAGGCAUCGCUUCUGGCCAGGAAAGUGAAGAAAGAGGCCACGGCUCUCUCUGAGUGGCUUGCUGCUACUGAAGCCGAGUUGGUACAGAAGUCGACUUCAGAGGAAUUGCUGGGUGACGUGGACACAGAGCUUUCCUGGGCAAAAAACAUUCUGAAAGAUCUGGAGCAAAGAAAAGCGGACCUGAAUGCCAUCACGGAGAGCAGUGCUGCCCUGCAGAAUCUGGUGGAGGGCAGCGGGCCUGUUUUAGAAGAGAGGCUCUGUGUCCUUAAUGCUGGGUGGAGCCGAGUUCGCACGUGGACGGAGGACUGGUGUAGUACUUUAAAGGUCCGGCAGAACCAGCUGGAAAUCUUCGAUGGAAAUGUCGCUCACAUAAGUACUUGGCUCUAUCAAGCGGAAGCUCUGCUGGAUGAGAUUGAAAAGAAGCCUGCCAGCAAACAGGAGGAAAUCGUGAAGCGGCUCUUAUCUGAGCUGGGUGAUGUCAACCUUGAGGUUGAAAACGUCCGUGAAGAGGCUGUUGUUUUAAUGAGAGCUCCUGGAGGCUCAAGCAGGGAGCUUGUAGAACCAAAAUUAGCUGAACUGAAUAGAAACUUUGAAAAGGUGUCUCAGCAUAUCAAAAGUGCCGAAUUGCUGAUGGAACAGGAACCUUUGUCAUAUCCAUGUGCAGUGCCUGAAGCACCUAGUACUUAUGAGCCUUCCUCUGACUUGCAAAAAUUAGAGAGUGACAUAGAAGACGUGUUAAGAGUCUCAGAAAAACACUUGGAAUCCAGCCAUGAAGAUGAACAGAUGGACGAGGAAAGAGCUCAGAUUCAGGAGGUUCUACAAAGAGGAGAGCAAAUGUUACAUCAGCCAGUGGAGGAAAAUAGGAAAGAAUAUAUCCGUUUGCAGUUAGUCCUUCUACACACAAGAUUCGACAAAGUCGAGGCAGUCUCUACUCAGCAGAGGAAGACAGAUCAACUUAGUUCUGGAAUUCCGUCAUCACUUCUUCCUACAGAUUAUCUGGUUGAAAUUAACAAAGUGUUACUUUCUGUGGAUGCUGUUGAGCUGUUACUUAAUACUCCAGAGCUGAGCACUGUUGUCUGUGAAGAUUUCUCUUUUCAGGAAGAUUCUCUAAAGAAUACCAAAGACCAGCUGGACAAACUUGGAGAGCAGAUUACGGGUCUUCAUGAAAAACAGCCGGAUGUCAUUCUUGAAGCUUCCGGCCCUGAAGCUAUUCAGAUCCGGGACACACUUUCUCAGUUGAAUGCAAAAUGGGACAGAGUUAACAGAAUGUACAAUGAACAAAAAAGUUAUUUUGAUAGAGCCGUGGAAGAAUGGAGACAGUUCAAUUGUGAUCUUAAUGACCUUACACAGUGGAUGGCAGACGCGGGAGAGUUAUUGGCAGACGCCUUUGCUCCAGAUGGUGGCCUAGACUUGGAGAAAGCCAGGAGACAUCAGCAGGAACUGGAAGAGGGAAUCAGAAGCCACCAGCACAAUGUUGCAGCUCUGAACAGAACAGGAGAAGCGAUCUUACAGAAACUCCCACCCACAGACGGAAGCUUCUUGAAAGAUAAGCUGGCCAGCUUAAACCAACACUGGGAUUUGGUGGUUGCGGAAGUAAAGGCUCGCAGGCAAAGACUAGAGAAGUUCUCAGCUUUUAUGUCCGGAAGAUUGCUUUCUUCCCAUCCCUCUCUUUUUCCUCUGGACUUAACCCAGGAGAUGGAAAUGCAGAAUGAAAAGCUCACAUGGCUGAAUAGAACUGAAUCUGAAGUGCUCUCGGAUAAAAAUCUGAGUUCACAUGAUAGAGAGCAAAUUUCAGAAAGCUUGAGAGCUGUGAACGCAACAUGGAAGGUGUGCAGAGAUGUGCCCAGCAUCCAGGACCCCGAGUCUGUUUCUCCAGUGAGAAUGGCUGCUCAUCCCACUCUCCAGAAGGUAGUGCUGACAUCCUCUGCUCCAGAUGUGCCUGCUCAGCCUCACCGCACUUCCGAAAUUGCGAUUCCGACGGAUCUGGAUACCAUGAUCACAGAACUGGCUGAUUGGCUUGUGUUGAUCGACCAGAUGUUGAAGUCCAACAUUGUCACCGUCGGGGAUGUAGAAGAGAUCAAUAAAACAGUUUCCCGGAUGAAGAUCACAAAGGCCGAUCUUGAACAGCGCCAUCCUCAGCUAGAUUAUGUGUUUACGCUGGCACAGAACUUGAAAAAUAAAGCUUCAAGUUCAGAUGUAAGAACGGCAAUCACAGAAAAAUUGGAAAAAGUCAAAAACCGGUGGGAUAGCACUGAGCACGGGGUUGAGCUGAGGCAGCAGCAGCUGGAGGACAUGGUUGUUGACAGCCUUCAGUGGGAUGACCACAGGGAGGAGGCUGAGGAGCUGCUACGGAAAUAUGAAGCCCGGCUCUGUGUUCUUCAGCAAGCCCUACGGGACCCCCUUGUCAAGCAGAUAUCUGAUAACCAGAUCCUACUUCAAGAACUGGAUCCUAAUGAUGGUGUCAUAAUGGCCUUCGACAAUGCCCUACAGAAACUUCUGGAGGAAUACAGUAAUGAUGACACAAGGAAUGUGAAAGAAACUACUGAGUACUUCAAAACAUCAUGGAUCAAUCUGAAACAAAGCUUCGCUGACAGACAGGCCGCCUUGGAGGCCGAGCUCAAGGGGGUGCAGGCCUCUCGCAGGGAUCUGGAGAACUUCUUAAAGUGGCUACAGGAAGCGGAAACCACAGUUAACGUGCUUGCUGAUGCCUCCCAAAGGGACAAUGCACUUGAGGACACUGUGUCGGCCGGAGAUCUCACCCAACAGAUGCAGGACAUCCAGGCAGAAAUUGAUGCCCAUAAUGAUAUAUUUAAAAGCAUUGAUGGAAAUAGACAGAAGAUGGUGAAAACUCUGGGAAAUUCUGAAGAGGCCACGAUGCUCCAGCAUCGACUGGAUGACAUGAAUCAGAGAUGGAACGAUCUGAAAGCAAAGUCUGCUAGCAUCAGGGCGCAUUUGGAGGCCAGUGCUGAGAAGUGGAACCGGCUGCUGCUGUCACUAGAAGAGCUGAUCAAGUGGCUGAAUCUGAAAGACGAGGAACUUACCAUGCAGAUGCCCAUCGGGGGUGACGUCCCCGCCUUGCAGCUCCAGCACGACCACUGCAAAGUGCUAAGGCGUGAGCUAAAGGAGAAAGAGUUUUCUGUCCUGAAUGCUAUAGACCAAGCGCGAGUCUUCCUGGCGGAUCAGCCCAUCGAAGCCCCCGAGGAACCAAGAAGAAGCCUGCAAUCAAAAACAGAACUGACCCCAGAGGAGAGAGCCCAGAAGAUUGCCAAAGUCAUGCGCAAACAGUCUUCUGAAGUCAAAGAGAAGUGGGAGAGCCUCAAUGCCGUUACUAGCAGUUGGCAAAAGCAAGUGGACAAGGCCUUGGAGAGACUCAGAGAUCUGCAGGGAGCCAUGGAUGAUCUGGACGCCGACAUCAAAGAAGCAGAGGCUGUGAGGAACGGGUGGAAGCCUGUAGGAGACUUACUCAUUGACUCGCUGCAGGAUCACAUAGAGAGAACCAUGGCAUUUAGAGAAGAAAUUGCACCAAUCAACGUAAAAGUUCAAACAGUGAAUGACUUAUCCAGUCAACUCUCCCCCCUUGAUUUGCACCCAUCUCUAAAGAUGUCCCGCCAGCUGGACGACCUUAACAUGCGCUGGAAGCUUUUACAGGUUUCAGUGGAGGAUCGCCUUAAACAGCUCCAGGAAGCCCAUAGGGACUUCGGACCAUCUUCUCAGCAUUUUCUCUCUACAUCAGUCCAGCUGCCGUGGCAAAGAUCCAUUUCCCAUAAUAAAGUGCCCUAUUACAUCAACCAUCAAACUCAAACAACGUGUUGGGAUCAUCCAAAAAUGACUGAACUCUUUCAGUCUCUUGCCGACCUGAAUAACGUCCGCUUCUCCGCCUACCGCACCGCCAUCAAAAUCCGGAGACUGCAGAAAGCGCUGUGUUUGGACCUCUUAGAGUUGAAUACAACGAAUGAAGUGUUCAAGCAGCACAAGUUGAACCAAAAUGAUCAGCUCCUCAGCGUUCCUGAUGUCAUCAGCUGUCUGACAACAACAUAUGAUGGUCUUGAGCAAUUGCAUAAAGACCUGGUCAGUGUCCCACUCUGCGUGGACAUGUGUCUCAACUGGCUACUCAACGUAUAUGACACGGGUCGGACAGGAAAAAUAAGAGUGCAGAGUCUGAAGAUCGGAUUGAUAUCUCUUUCCAAAGGUCUCUUAGAAGAAAAAUACAGAUAUCUCUUCAAUGAGGUGGCAGGACCAACAGAAAUGUGUGACCAGAGGCAGCUGGGCUUGUUGCUUCAUGACGCCAUCCAGAUCCCCCGGCAGCUGGGGGAGGUAGCGGCUUUUGGAGGCAGUAACAUUGAACCUAGUGUACGCAGCUGCUUUCAUCAGAAUAACAAUAAGCCAGAGAUAAGUGUGAAGGAGUUUAUAGACUGGAUGCAUCUGGAACCACAGUCCAUGGUCUGGCUGCCAGUUCUACACCGAGUAGCUGCUGCUGAGACUGCAAAGCAUCAGGCUAAAUGCAACAUCUGUAAAGAGUGUCCGAUUGUCGGAUUCAGGUAUAGAAGCCUAAAGCAUUUUAACUAUGAUGUCUGCCAGAAUUGCUUUUUUUCUGGUCGAACAGCAAAAGGUCACAAACUCCAUUAUCCAAUGGUGGAAUACUGUAUACCUACAACAUCUGGGGAAGAUGUUCGAGACUUCACAAAAGUGUUAAAGAAUAAGUUUAGAUCAAAGAAGUACUUUGCCAAACACCCUCGGCUUGGCUACCUUCCUGUCCAGACAGUUCUUGAAGGCGACAACUUAGAGACUCCUAUCACACUCAUCAGUAUGUGGCCCGAGCACUUUGAUCCUUCGCAGUCUCCUCAGCUGUUCCAUGACGACACCCACUCAAGGAUAGAGCAGUAUGCCACACGACUGGCCCAGAUGGAAAGGACAAAUGGGUCUUUCCUCACUGAUAGCAGUUCUACGACAGGAAGUGUGGAGGACGAGCAUGCCCUCAUCCAGCAGUACUGCCAGACACUGGGAGGCGAGUCCCCUGUGAGCCAGCCCCAGAGCCCAUCCCAGAUCCUAAAGUCUGUGGAAAGAGAAGAACGUGGAGAAUUGGAACGCAUCAUUGCUGACCUGGAGGAAGAGCAAAGAAAUCUUCAGGUGGAGUAUGAACAGCUGAAGCAGCAGCACCUAAGAAGAGGCCUCCCUGUGGACCCACCUCCGGACUCCGUGGGCUCUCCCCAGCACACCUCGGAGGAUUCAGAACUCAUAGCGGAAGCCAAGCUCCUCAGGCAGCACAAAGGGCGGCUGGAGGCGAGGAUGCAGGUCUUGGAAGAUCACAACAAGCAGCUGGAGUCUCAGCUUCAUCGACUGAGGCAGCUGCUGGAGCAGCCUGAAACUGAUUCUCGAAUCAAUGGUGUCUCGCCCUGGGCUUCACCUCAGCAGUCUGCACUGAGUUACUCACUGGACCCGGACCCUGGACCACAGUUUCACCCAACAGCAGAGGACUUGCUGGCCCCUCCACAGGACACCAGCACAGACCUCACAGAAGUGAUGGACCAGAUCAACAGCACUUUCCCACCUUGCUCUCCAAAUCUCCCCAGCAGGCCACAGGCAAUGUGAAGUGUUCAUCCACCCAACUACUGUUUCCUGGCUUAAAGUAGCACCCUCUCCAGAAAAUGCCCAUCCCAACUUCUGUUUACCCAGAAGCACCAGCGCUCCUUGAAAUCUGUUGAGCGUUGGCUGUGUUCUACUCAAGGAGUGAGACACUUGACUAUCCAAAGAGAAAAGGAAAUUUUGUUUUCUAGCAAUCAUAUAUUGUUGCUUUUUCUUCCCUUUCUACGCGGUUGUGAAUGAAUGGACAAAGUGGUAUCUGGGAAUGGUUAUACAUCCGUCACUAAUUUGUAUACUGUAUGCGGUAUUGGGAAAGUGGGUGGGGGCUUUCUGAUAUGAUACCUUCUUUAUAGCAACCAUGACGAAGAUCACAUAAGAAUUAUAUGACAUUUUUACAUUCCUUCAUACUAACCUUAUACGAAAACUUCAGUUCUUUCUCUGACUCUUCCACCAUGAAGUUUAGGUUAUUUAUAAUUUAUCAUCCACAUGACCAAAUAGAUGUUCUAUGUUUGCGUGUGAUUUGGCCAAAUUAAUAAGUGCAUAUAUUUCACUCAAAUAUGAUAUGUAUAUGGAUUAGACCACAGCUCUGUGUGCACUAUUUAACUUUAUUUGGCAUCAUACAAUUGCUUCUUUAUUUUCUUUAGUGACCACUUGGAAACCCACCGUGUCAUUCAUUCCUGUGGGGCUAGCAGGUAUUUCUCUUAGGAUUUUCCCUCUACAUUUUAUUUCCUUGCUUUAUAUAUAAUAAGUCUUAAUAAUUUCUUUAUCUCAUGUCCCAGUCUAUGGUGUAGCGGACACUUUAGGAGGGAUUUGAAUGAUCACCAAUAUCAUUUUACCAAAGAUGCCCACUUAGGCAUACUUUUCCUUUGACAGCAAGAACUUGACACAACCUUGCCUAGUACCCAUGCCUCGGUGUUCAUCAGUCAGUACACAGCAGACAUUUUUCUCGUCAUGAUGCCAGAACAUGUCACUGUAUAUAGUUUACUUUUGAAACAAUUUAUUCUGGCUUAUAUCUAUUCAAAUCCUUUAUGAUCAUUAAAAACCUUUUUUUUUUCCUAAAAAGAGACCGACUCAAUGCAUGUCUCAGCUUACCAUUGGGGGUAAAUGAAUACAUGCCCCCCCUUCAUCUGGUCAAUACAUUGUCAAGGGUGUUAAGCAAAAGUCUACAUCACUGCUUCUUUAGAAGAAUGGAAUCGAUGCUUAUCUGGCGUCACCCUUACCUAUAGCUUUGAGUGCACACAGCAGGGUACUUUGAUUUAGCUUCUGAUUUAAUGUUUUAUUGAUUCUGUUUGAAUACAUCAUGUGAUUUACCAAAUAUAGAAGAGCCAGAAUGAGUGGAAAUAAUUCUUUCUGAUUCAUUAAGCAUAUGUGCUUCUAAAAUAUCAGGACAUUUUAACUUUGGGUUCUCUUGAGCUGGGAUCUGUCCAGAAGGAGGCUUAAAGUCAGAACUUGCUAUUCUUUUAGAAUAGACCGGGUGGGUUGGGGCGGGGGGCAAGGGUGUCUAUUUGCAACAUAGAUAUUUUGAGAAGAGGAAAACUGUUUUAUAUUAAGAGGAAAGCCAUGACCACCUUCCUACCUCAGACCCAUCUUCACCUAUUGCAUUGGGGAUAGCUUUAUACCACUGCAGUCUGUGAAUUUAAAGCUUUUAUCCAGCUACUUCAGACCCACGGAAAACAGCUAUUUAAGUUUAGAAAAAGAUUUCCCUGAAGUCUGAACUAUAAGUUCUAGAUUGGGUGUCUUCCUUGUUCCUACUUUAACAAAUCAUGUAUUAAGUUGUUUCCUGCCUGUCUUUGUGUAUACCCUGUGAUCUACCUGCCACUAAAGAAAAUCUGUCUGAAACACUACAUUAUAACCCCCCCGAGUAACAGGAAAGGAAAGGAACUAUAUACUACAGUAACAGCAAGGCGGGAGACGUACGUUGUUCUUUUGAAAUACGUGCUAAAGAACUAAUCAUGGUCUAUCAUCUAAUCUGCCUACGUGUUGUAUUUUUCAUCCUGAAUAAAAUUAAUUUUAACACAACAUAA